AUGAGGAGCAGGAAGGAGGAAGGAGGAGCUCGGCUACGGGCGACUGGGCGGUGCGGCGCGGAGAUGGCCGGUGGCACGGAGACACGGCGGUGCGGCGCGGAGAUGGCCGAUGCGGCGCGGAGAUGGCCGAUGCGGCGCGGAGACGCGGUGCGGCGCGGAGAUGGGCGGUGCGGCCCGGAGCGGAGAUGGCCGGUGGCGCGGAGUGGCCGGUGGCGCGGAGACGCGGCGGUGCGGCACGAAGAUGGGCGGCGAUCUGAGAGAGCAAACCCUAAGGCGAAAAUGCUUGCGAGAAUGGAUAAGGAAAAGAGCUCGAAGGCUGGAACGAGUGGCGGUGAGUUAUCAACGAUUGACUAUGAGGUCUUCUUGAGUUUCAGAGGGCCGGAUACUCGCCAAGGAUUCACGGAUUGCCUUUACCAUGAAAUGCAAGAAGCUAACAUCCGUGUUUUCUUCGAUGAGGAAGAGCUCCACGUCGGCAAAGAAAUAGCUUAUGAACUACCGAUGGCUAUCGAAAAGUCGAAGAUCUAUGUACCAAUCUUCUCCAAAGGUUAUGUUUCAAGUCCCUGGUGCCUUCGCGAGCUUACACACAUGGUGGAGUGCACGAAUACCAAACCUUCUGAGAAGGAAAUCAUGCCGAUUUUCUACAACGUGAAACCUUUUGAUGUUAAGCUUAUGUCUCAACUGUACGUCCGCGAUUUGAAGAAGCAUGAAAAGAAGUUUGGUCGCCAGAUGAGGCUAAAUUGGGAGGAUGCCCUCAAAAGUGUAGCUAAAAUCAAAGGAUGGGAAUUGAAAAGCCAAGGGCACUGGAAAUUCAUUAAAUCAGUGAUACGAGAGAUUGUGAUGAAAUUGAAGACAAAAGACAAAUAUGUCACGGAGCAUAUAGUCGGAAUGGAUGAUCAAGUGGAAGCUGUUCUGAAGUUAUUAGACGUGCAUUCUAAGGAUAUGCACGUUGUUCUAAUUCAUGGAAUGGGAGGAAUCGGCUUUCCCAACAUAAUCAACGAUGUUGAUGAUGGGAUCAAGGUGAUUGCGCAGCGACUUUCUAACAAGAAAGUUUUCAUCGUUCUAGAUGACGUGGAUGAUGAGGAACAACUCAAGAAACUAGCCAUCAAGCAUGUUUCACUCAACUCAGGGAGUAAAAUUAUUAUUACAACAAGGAAAAGAAGUGUCUUAAAAGCCAACCAAACAUUCGAGUACGAAGUGAAGUCGUUAGAUUCUGAGGACUUCCAUUGGCUCUUGAAGUUGUUGGCUCAUUACUUCAUUGCCAAAACAAAGCCUCAUGGAUAG